AUGCAUGCUAUGGAUAUCGACGCACCUAUCUCAAUUGCACCGCUAGCAGGACAAACAAUCAAAACAAGUGCUACAAUUCUAUGUUGUAACUGCGGUGCUGCUAUCGACGGAACAAAGUCAUCAGGUGCUCUAUGCUACGACUGUAUCAAACUUACUAUAGAUUGUUCUCAGGGUAUUCCUAGGGAAGCGACUCUUCAUUACUGCAGAGAUUGCGAGAGAUGGCUUCUUCCACCGUCUAGUUGGGUUGUCGCCAGUCUUGAAUCUAGAGAAUUACUUGCCCUCUGCUUGAAGAAACUAAGAGGUCUUCACAAAGUUAGAAUAAUUGACGCUAGCUUUAUUUGGACUGAACCACAUUCUCGGAGGAUAAAGGUCAAGUUAACCAUUCAAGAUUCUGUGUCGGAGGGUGUUGUUCUACAACAAGCAUUCGAAGUUGAGUACGUUGUUGCAUCCCAACAAUGUCCUGACUGCGCAAAGUCGUAUACAGCAAAUACAUGGCGGGCCUGUGUUCAAGUACGACAGAAAGUUCCUCACAAGCGAACAUUCCUAUACCUCGAGCAACUUAUUCUCAAGCACGGAGCACACAAAGAUGCAAUCAAUAUCAAGGAAGUGAAAGAUGGUUUGGAUUUCUUCUUCUCGGCGCGAAAUCAAGCAGAAAAGUUCGUUGAAUUUCUCAACUCUGUUGCACCUAUUCGGUCAAAGAAGUCGCAAGAGCUUAUUUCGAUGGAUAUACACACUUCUACAAAGUCUUACAAAUUCUCUUAUUCGGUAGAACUUGUACCAAUUUGCAAAGAUGAUUUGGUAGCACUUCCGAUUAGAUUAUCGAAGCAACUUGGAAACAUCAAUCCUCUUGGCAUCUGCUUUCGUGUUGGAAGUUCGGUCAACUUCUUAGAUCCUGGUACUCUUCAAACUACGGAUAUUAGUACGCCAAUUUAUUGGCGUGCACCGUUUGCGCCCCUUGCUGAUGUUCAGGAACUUGUAGAGCUCAUUGUCAUGGACAUAGAACCUAUUGGAGAUCAUAAAGGUAAAUGGCUACUUGCUGAGGCCACUGUUGCUCGUGCUUCAGAUUUGGGAACAAAUGAUAAGACAUAUUACACGCGAACUCACUUAGGAAACAUCUUGCACCCAGGAGAUUCUGUUAUGGGAUAUGUUUUAACUGGCACCAACUUUAAUAGCCCGCAAUUUGAUGCCCUUGAGGAAUCAAAUACCUACUCAUCACUCAUUCCAGAUGUAAUUCUUGUAAAGAAGCUAUACCCACGUAAGAAAAAGUCUAAAGCCCGGAACUGGCGCCUUAAGCGCAUGGCUCGUGAUGAUGGCGAACUUCUUCCAAAGAAAAUAGACCAAGAGAAAAUGGAAAGAGAUUAUGAGAUGUUUUUGCGAGAUGUUGAAGAGGAUGCUGAUUUGCGUCAAACAAUGGCCUUGUAUAAGGCCCAACAAAAGGCCAAGCGAGAUGAAGAUGCUAUGAGCAUAAUGGAGUCUGAUGACGGCGAAGACGAGACCCCACAAAUUGAUAUAACUGAACUGUUGUGUGACUUCGACGAAUUAAAUGUUAAUGAAUCACAUCCUGAUUAA